AUGGCGCCGCCGUCCAAAGAAGUCGUCGCCGCCGGCUCGAGUGCCCUGACGCGCAUUGAUCCCGACCAGACCCUAAAGGCGUCCAAGGCCCUGCUCGCGCACAUCAAAAAGGCGGCUCGGCAGCAGCAAGAGGGCGCCGACGGCAAGCGGAACCUGCUGCAGGACGACGACGACGACGUCGACGACGACACGCCCGUUUGGCUCACGCUGACGACCAAGCGCCAUAUUGCCGACAAGGCGCGCCUGCAGCCGGGAAAGAUUGCGCUGCCGCACCCGCUCGUCGACGAGGCGGCGGCGACGACCGUGUGCGCCAUCACGGCCGACCCGCAGCGCGCGUACAAGAACCUCAUCGGCUCCGACGACUUCCCCGCCGCCCUGCGCCGCCGCAUCACGCGCGUCAUCGACCUGUCCAAGCUCAAGGCCAAGUACGGCCAGUACGAGGCCCAGCGCAAGCUGUUUGCCGAGCACGACGUCUUUGUCGCCGACGACCGCAUCAUCAACCGCCUGCCCAAGAUGCUCGGCAAGACGUUUUACAAGACGACCGUCAAGCGCCCUAUCCCUGUCGUCCUCCAGGCCAAGCGGCCCAAGGUCGACGGCAAGCGGGUCAAGAGGCCUGAGAAGAAGAAGAGCAAGACCGACGACGACACCGACGACGUUGCCGUCAACGCCGGCACGGCCGCCGACAUUGCCAAGGAGAUUGAAAAGGCCCUCGGCUCCGCCCUCGUCAGCCUCGCGCCCACGACCAACACGGCCGUGCGCGUCGGCUACGCCCACUGGCCGCCCGAGCACAUUGCCGACAACGUCGACGCCGUCGUCUCGGCCCUCGUCGACCGCUGGGUGCCGCAAAAGUGGCGCAACGUCAAGAGCAUCUACAUCAAGGGCCCGCGCACCGCCGCCCUGCCCAUUUGGCAGACGGACGAGCUCUGGCUGGGAGAGGGCGACGUUGUCGCCGACCAAGACGACGACGAAAAGGCCGGCUCGGAAAAGGCAAACGUUGGCAAGAAGCGCAAGUCGCUCGACGCCGCCGGCGCCGCCGACGCCUCGCCCGCCCCCAAGAAGAAGAAGAAGGAGGCCAAGCCCGACGGUGAUGACGAGCAGCUGGACAAGCAGAUUACCGAGCGCAAAGCCAAGCUCAAGAAACAAAAGGCUGCGGCCAAAAAGGCCAUGGAGGAGUAA